UGUCGUCGUAUAAAAACCGAGGAAUCGAUGAUAUGAAGCACACUCAGAGAGACUCAUCUCCUCAUAGCACGUUCAUCAUGAAGACAUUCCUAAUUUCAUUGUUGUUCGCCUUCGCUUUCGCCGUUGAUGUGUCGGAGAAAAAACAUGACAAACGUGCUUCUGUACACGGAGGAUCAUCGAUAUAUGGUCAUGGCAACUACAACCCCCACGGUGACAUUGGGUUCCAUGGAUCCGGAUAUGGGCAUGGAUACGGGCAUGGACAUGGAUAUGGAUAUGGACACGGAUAUGGACAUGGAUAUGGACACGGAUAUGGACACGGAUACGGAGGGAUUGGACCUGAAGUCAAUUUUAUAGGGGGACCGCAUGGUCACAGAGUGCCAAGUUUCGGCAUCGGAGUAGAACACGGAUUCUUAGACCAUGUGCCCAGAACCAUCGUGAAUCGCGUGGUUCCAGUUGCAGUUCCCGUACCUCAACCGGUUCCCAUAACACGCUCAGUCCCCGUACCGGUGCCGCAUCCCAUACCCAUCGAAGUGAAGCGUCCCGUCACCGUCCCGAUACCUCAACCGGUUCCAUUCGUCGUCACCAAAGCAUAUCCCGUUAACGUACCCCGCCCGGUUCCAGUGCCAGUACCUCAAGCCGUACCUGUACCACACCCGGUGCCGCACCCGGUCCCAGUUCCGCAUCCGGUACCAAUUCACACACCAGCCUCAAUAUCAAUCUCGCAAUCCAUACCGGUUAAUUCUGAUCCAUAUCCGCUGCCCGCUAGACCAAUCUCUGUUACGCAACCUAUCGUAUCAACCGGUCCUCAAUCCGGGUCCUCAAUACGACCAAUCGCUCCCAUUGGGAUUGGAUCUGUCGAUGCGGCAGGAACCGGCACAAUAUUGCAAAAUGGAGACCAUUCUGGAUUUGCCAUUUCUAGCGUCGUACACGGUGGUAAUAACUUCGGUUCCCCCAUAAGCUCGGGAUUUCACGUGAGCGUGGACCCCGGCAGCGAGGGAUACUCUUAUCCGGUACCAGCGAAGAAAUUCUUUUAAGCAAAACACUCGAAAGAAUCUGUUACAGGCGACAUCUCCGAUUUGCACGCCGAUGCGAUACAUCUGCCGUUUUCAAGACCUCGGAUAUACGGCACGCGGCUUGCCCGAGUCACGCCAUACCCAUUUAUCCCGCGUUUCACUUGAUAUUUAUGGAUUCGCAUACUGCGGAAGGUCCGCGUUAGUCGUGCCUUCGAUUAAAAUGCCGCCUAAAACCGCAAAACGAAGUACAUAAAUAUAUUGGCAUUUACUUUCACUUUUGCAUUGUUUUCGACAGUGACAAGGAAAAGAGAAAGUGUUACAUUUUGGGAACGCGAAAGUAAUAUUAUGCAGAAUCCAAGGAGAUGAAUAAUCAUGCGAGCGCGCGAUAGAAGUAAGAAAUAUGACGACCUAUAUCGAUAUUUCCUGUUACCGAAAUAUCACGUAGGCAGAAGAAAAUUGCUAACAAUUCUUUCGAGAUGUAUCCUUUGCACGUUUACAAUUGGAUCGUAUUCAUGAUAUACAAUCAAUCAUUUGUAACUAUUUAUUUAUCUCUUUUAUAUCUAUGAAGAUAUAAAAAAUAUCUCCAUCGUGUGCCAUAGACA